GGGCUGCGAGCAGGCCGCGGCUGAUGGAGGCGGGUGGCGCCGCCCCGAGCGCAGGUGACACAAGCCAGGUCAGGGUUUCUGCUGGCGGGGGAGAGCGUAGGGAGGGCGGCACGCAGACACCCCGGGGCCGGGGGACGGCAGGGCAGCGAUGGCCCGAGAGUUGAGCCAGGAGGCACUACUGGACUUUCUGUGCCAGGCCGGAGGCCGAGUGACCAACGCCGCCUUGCUGAGCCACUUCAAGAGCUUCCUCCGAGACCCCGACGCGCCCCCCAGCCAGCACCAGCGCCGCCGCGAGCUUUUCAAGGGCUUCGUCAACUCGGUCGCCGCAGUGCGCCAGGACCCCGACGGCACCAAGUACGUGGUGCUCAAGAGGAGGUACAGGGACCUUUUGGGGGAGGAGGGGCUGCAGCGACCCAGCGACCCGCCCGCGGCCGCCGCCCCUGCAGGGGGAGCUGCGUCCAGCGCCCCGCGAAGCGUGCGCGGGGGGGAACCGCGGCCGCCGCCGCAGCAGCAGCCCCGGCGGCGGCGGCGCGAGAAGGAGCCGGAGGAGGAGCCAGCAGGUGCCGCAGCGCCAGCCGCCGACGCAGGUUGCAAUGGACUCCCGGCCAGCGGCGCCCGAGAGGCGGCCCGCGGAGGCGGCGGGCAGAGGGGCAGCUCCCGCCACCGUGCGCCGGUGCCCGCGGCUGCAGCGGCGGCUCCUCGGGAGGGAACGAGGUUCGCGGCGGCCGAGACGCAGGGCCACUGCUGCUGGGAAUGUCUCCAGAACGGCCAGGGGGGACUCCAGGGCGAGCCGCUGCUCAGCGGCCUCCCCGACCCCGCCAUCACAGCCACCGCCACCGUCAGCGCCGAGGAGAAGCCGGCACCGGCUCCGCCUGCUCGGGAAGACCGCGGGGCUCCCAGGCCGCAUCGAGAAAGUGUGCCCGAGGAGCCCCGGCCCGAGCCCGCCGCGCCCCUCUCGUCUCCUCCAACCGUCGAGGCUGCUGGGAGCCGGGUUUCCUCUCUUGCUUUGCAGUCUGCUCCCGCUUCCCCCAGAGACCCGCCGGAGCUGGUGACCCCGGGCUCUCUGCGUUAUUCGACCCUGCAGCAGCAGCAGCAGCGCACUCGGGAGUGGGUGGCCAGACACCCCCAGACACCGGAGGCCCGGGACCAUGGCCCCAUCCGAGCCUGGUCGGUGCUGCCAGACAACUUCCCCCAGCUACCCUCAGAGCCAGGCUGGUGGGUGCUGGAACCUAACUCAGCGCCAUCUGACCCUCCUCUUUCCUCUCAUUCUCGCUUUCCCGCUGUUCCGGAAUCCUGGCCUGGGAAUUCGCCACUGGCAGUCUUUCGUAGCAUUCGUUGUCAGCUGUCCCUACAGGAUCUGGAUGACUUUGUGGACCAGGAGAGCCACGGCAGUGAGGAGAGCAGCAGUGGACCCAAAGAGUCCCCUGGGGGUUCUGAAGAAGGGCUGCACGUUGCUCUUGGAGCCUCAGAUUGGAGAAGGCUCAGGAAUCCAGCUGGAGACCCUUUUCCAAAGGAGGGCAGUUCCAACAGGGACCCUCAGGGCCUCAGAAAUAGAGGGGAGGGUCACACCUCUCAGCCCAUCCCAACAGGAGCUGAUGGCCUUGCAGGCCACCCCCAGCCUUUGCCCUGGCCAGCUCCCAAAUUAAGGAGAUCCCUAAGGAGGAGCUCUAGGGCAGGGAGAGCCAAAGUGUCCUCCUCAGAUGAGGAGUGCCUUGAGGAAGAUUUGCUGAAAAGGAACCGUCGCCCACCCCGGUCCAGGAAACCCUCCAAGGCAGGAACAGUGUCCAACCCAUGGGUGGAUGCCGCUUUGACACCAAAACCUGCAGACAUUAAGGCUGCUUUUGCCGAGCCUGGGUGUCCACAUAGCCCAUGGGCCCCUGGAGGGGAGAGGCCUGCAGCCUUGGUCCCCCACAGAUCUUCUGAUCACAAGUCAUCCCUGGUUCCCCUCGAUGCCAGGGAGCAUGAAUGGAUUGUGAAGCUCGCCAGUGGCUCUUGGAUUCAGGUGUUGACUUUGUUCUGGGAGGAUCCCCAGCUGGCUUUGCACAAAGACUUUUUGACUGGGUACACUGCCUUGCACUGGAUAGCCAAACAUGGUGACCUGAGGGCCCUUCAGGACUUGGUGUCGGGUGCACAGAAGGCAGGGAUUGCUCUUGAUGUAAAUGUGAAGUCCAGUUGUGGGUAUACCCCACUCCACCUUGCAGCCAUUCAUGGCCACCAGGGCAUCAUCAAAUUGCUAGUGCAAAGGCUGGCGUCUCGUGUGAAUAUCCGGGACAGCAGUGGGAAGAAGCCGUGGCAGUAUCUGACCAGUAAUACCUCUGGGGAAAUAUGGCAGCUCCUGGAAGCCCCACGGGGCAAGCCCAUUUUCCCUGCCUAUCCUUUGGUUCGAAACUCUUCCCCCAUCAGGAAGGCCAGGAACAGGGAUGUAUCUAGACAUGUCACCCGAAAGACUUCCCUUGCUGCACUACUCAAAAGUCAGCACAACAAAUGGAAGUUGGCCAACCAGUAUGAGAAAUUCUCCUCUCCAAGGGAGAGAGAAGAGUACAGUGACUGAGUGGGCCCCUCUCUCCAACAUGCUACCACCACCGCCCAUCCUUGAGCUAGUCAGUGAGAGCAUUCAGUGGGGAGUGGAAAACUUGGCAAGGAGUUGGUCAAGAGAGAGGUCAAGUGAGAUGGCCUACCUAGUGUUUACCUCCCUAGAUUGUGUCACACAUUCAGGACCUCAGCGGUCUUCCAAGCUUUCUGACGGCUCAAGUCCUUGGGCCAGUGAAACCUUAACAAGGAGCAGAGGCAGGUGCUUACAACCCAGGUGUCCUUCCUCUUCCCUGGCCACCAGAGAACCGGGCACAGCAGGCCACGCUGUUCUCCCAAGCAGCGAUCCCAGGCCUUGGCUAGAGAGGGAACAGGUGUCUAACAAGAAGAGAGACAAUUCAAGGAAUUGAUGAAGCUCAAACAAAAUCCUCUCUCUGGCUAGGAGCUCUCUGGCUCCCAUUCAUUUGGAGAAUAAAUCUUGGCUCAGAGUGAAAAGCACCAGGUUGGAAAUCAGAUGGCUCCUCUUCUUUUCCUUUUAUUUUGGCGUUCAUAUCUGAAAUAAAAUUGUUGCUGGAGAGUAGAACUUGAUUUAAGAGAUUCCUCAGCCCUGUCCUCAGGUCUUUCUUUGAAUGCAACCUAUGGUGGCCAAUGCCAGGAAUGGUUAGUGCAUUGUUUCAGAGAAGCAUUUGGGUAAGAUCCAGUUAUGACUGACAUUCAGGCCCUACUUAAAAAAAAAAAAAAAAAAAAAAAAACAA